AUGCCCAAGUCCACGGUGCCAGCCAGUCCGCGGGUCAUCUCGCCCAGUCCAACCCCAGAUGACCGAGAUCAAGAAUCAUCAUCUCGUCGUGGCCCGGUAACACGUUCAGCGACUAGAAACCGCUCGUCGCGGAAGGAGCCCGAAGACGAUAUUGACGACGAUGUUGAGAAACCCGGCCUCCGGCAGUCCCGGACACGCAGCCGCUCGCCGAUCGAUAACGCUACCGUUCAGCGAUUGACAACAAGAAGAGUGAGUAGGACAGCAACAUCCAAGGAUGUGGGCGACCUCACACUCGCCAACGGGAAGACCUCCAAAACCAAUGGCCACCUGGCCCCUCCCGAGCCAAUAGUCCCGGUUGGUUGGAAUUGGCGUGACUUCAGUCGAAGCCCAAGCCCUCUCGGCCUCAUCCCAAUUCACAGACAUUGGCGGACAUUUAUCCACAAGCACGAAGUCCCGCGGAAAUUCCUCCAUGUUUCGAUCGGUUUCUUCGUCCUAUGGCUCUAUGUUGGCGGCACACAGACCAGCUCAGUGCCGCCAUAUCUCAUGUCGGCACUGCUUCCCAUUGCGGCGACUGACUGGCUGCGACACCGAUAUGCCUCCUUCAACAGGCUCUAUGUCCGACUGCUCGGUGCGCUAAUGCGCGAGAGCGAAUACGCUGGCUGGAACGGCGUAAUCUUUUACCUUCUCGGCGCGUGGUUCGUGCUGUUCUUCUUCCCCAAGGACGUCGGCGUCAUGGCCGUCCUGCUUCUCAGCUGGUGCGACACCGCCGCCAGCACCUUUGGCCGCCUCUGGGGCCGAUACACCCCCAGACUUCGCCGCGGCAAGUCAUUGGCCGGCUCUCUCGCUGCCGCCAUAACUGGCGUGGCCACCUCGUACAUGUUCUACGGAUGGCUCACCAAGACCAUUGGCCCAAUGCCCGGGGACGAGACCUUCAUGUUCCAGGAUUCCUUGUCCCUGCCAGCAGUUGCUGCCAACGCCCUGGGGCUCACCAAAGCCCAGGCUACCAUUACUGGACCCCUCGCCCUGGGCGUGAUGAGCAUCUGGGCUGGAUUCAUUGCCUCGGCCAGCGAGGUGGUCGACAUCUUCGGAUGGGACGACAACCUGACGAUCCCCGUGCUGAGUGGAAUUGGCAUGUGGGGUUUCCUCAAGAUCUUCACUUAG